AGCUGUAUUUUAAAGCAUGGUUAAGUGUACAGCUUUAUAAUAUGCAAAAAGUGAUGCAUAAUAAUGGUUCCUACAGUAAAGACAUUCUUCCAAAUAUUUAGGUAGAAUCUUGUUUUCUUUUGUAAUUUUAAAGGCCUUAUUCUAAUUUCUAGAUUGGUAGAAAACAAAUUUGCUCUUCUUCUAUAUAAUAUCCCAUCCGAUGCUUAAAGACAGCUAUCAUUUCACCUCUCAGUCUUCUCUAAACAUACUCAGAUCCUUCAGUCAUUUUUCAUAAGACAUUAUGUUCAAAAUCUUUGAUAAUCUUGGUUGCCCUCCUUAGAAUAUGCUCCAAUAUCGUUCCAGAACUGUGGUUUUCCUAGUGAGGUCUGAUUAAAGCAGAAUAAAAUGGCACUAAUAUUUGAACUGGAUUCUAUUAUCUUGUUGAUGCAGCUCAGCUGCAUUGAUGCCUUAUUCUGGUAUGUGCUGCAGUUCCUGAAAAAUGAAUCACCUUCCCAUUGGCUUUCUUCUUUCCUCAGCUCCGACAAUGCCGAGGCAUGGUCUCAUUGCUGUACUCUACUUCUCGCUAUAACAGCAGUUCAACUGGUUCCACUACGAAUCCUGUAAAAGUUGGUGUUCUCCAAUAUCUCUGCAACCGUUUUUAUGAUGUUGAAACCUUUGUAGACAUCAGCAAGGCACUAAAGAAGUGGAAUCUGCACAGAAAAAACAAGCUUUGCGUUGAAGCAUGCGAGCGUCAUGGAUUUGAAGUUGGAGCUGCUGUCUUUGUCCUGAACCAGAAAGGAAGAAUUAGGGCCUGGGGUCAAAAUAACUGGUACCAGAAUAGUAUCACAAAAUGGAAAAAUGACGUGGAUUUUCAAAACUAUGAAGACAUCCGCUUGGAGGCCAUCGACAUCAGUGGUUCCAUCAUCAGCUACAAUGGUCUGGAUAACCUAGUCAACCUGAAAGCCCUGAAAUACCUGGACCUCAGCAGGUGCCCCAACAUUGACGACUGGAGCUUGUGCCGGCUGACUGCCUUGGGAGACACACUGGAGGAGCUUUCGCUUGCUGGCUGCCCCCGGAUCACCGAGAGAGGCCUUGCUUGCCUCCAUCAUCUUCAAAACCUGAAACACUUGGAUGUCUCAGACCUCCCUUCCGUUCAACACAAAGGGUUGGUUCGGAUCCUGUUGGAGGAGAUGUUACCCCAAUGUGACAUCGUAGGAAUGGGCUAUGGGGAAAUGGAGCCACGUGUCGAAGAUGCCGUGAAUAGAGACGAAAUGGAGGAGCAUCAGGAAGCAACCAGUAACUUGAAAACCCGUGAAAUCCAUACUUGAGCAGAGAGAGAGGGGACUUUUUUGCUCAGCGAAGACAUUCUGCGAUUCUCUGUUUCUUGUUUGCAUUUAGGCAUCACAGAGAUGGCAAAGAAGUUUGUUAUUCUAAAGUAGUAGCAGACAAUGGUUAAAGGACAAGGGGCUACAUUAGCCUCCAAGGAGACUCACCACAACACACACACAAAUCAACCUCCAAAUGCUUCCAAACACCUCAGAAGUGUGGAGAUAUAUUGCCACGUUUGGCAAAGAACAGUGGUGGACAAUUUAGGGUCCAGGAGAGGAUGUGACAGGAAACCCACCUCCUUUUUUAAAGUAAGAUUUCUCCUGGGCCUAAAAUGGUGUCUCACAACUGUACCCAAAAUGUCCUCAUGCCCUCUAUAAAAGAAUUUUGGGUGUGGAUGUUCUUUAAACAACAGUUUGGGGAGCCCGCAAAAAUUAUCCCACAGGCCACAUGGAACUCCUGCUCUAAAGCAAGGUUGAAUCAAUGUUUGACUCAGGAUCUACUGUUAGUUGGAAAAUCUUUCCUGAAAAAAAAAACAGAAGUCUACUUUUGGACCUCAUUUUUGAAGGGUGGGGGAAAACAGAUAUGUAUUUAUUUAUCAUCUCAGAAGCAAAUCGAGAAUACAGUUGCAAUGUAUUUAAAAACUCAAACAAAGUUUUUAAAAAACUUGGCAUUAUACUGUCCUUUGACAAGUAGCUGGUCACUGGUGUUGCUAUAAGAAGGUCCUCCAUUGUGCAUGUGGCAGAGCUCAGGUUGCAUUGUAGUAGGUGGUCUGUGAUUUGCUCUUCUCCACACUCACAUGUCAUGGACUCCACUUUGUGGCCCCAUUUCCUAAGGUUGUCUCUGCAUCUCGUGGUGCCACAGCACAGCCUGUUCACCAUCUUCCAAGUCGCUCAGUCUUCUGUGUGCCAAGGAAGGAGUCCCUCAUUUGGUCUCAGCCACUGAUUGAGGUUCCGGGUUUUUGCCUGCCGCUUUUGGACUCUUGCAUGCUGAGGUGUUCCUGCGAGUAUCUCUGUAAAUCUAAUAAAACAAUUUCUUGGUUUAA